AUGCAUGGUCUUUCCUGUCAGGUUUCCAACAUUAUAUAUUUAGACUCUCCAGCUGGUGUUGGAUUUUCUUACUCAGCAAAUGAGUCUGAUUACAUUACCGGAGAUCUCAAAACUGCUUCUGAUUCACAUAAUUUUCUACUUAAGUGGUUCGAGUUGUAUCCAGAGUUCCUUCCCAAUCCAUUUUUUAUUACUGGGGAGUCAUAUGCUGGAGUUUAUGUGCCAACAUUGGCUUAUGAAGUAGCUAAAGGAAUUGAUGCUGGCGUAAAACCUGUUCUCAACUUCAAGGGCUAUAUGGUAGGCAAUGGGGUUACUGACGAAGAGUUUGAUGGAAAUGCUCUUGUUCCGUUUGCACAUGGGAUGGGACUUAUUUCAGAUGAACUAUUUCAGGAAAUAACUACUAAUUGUGAAGGAAACUACUAUUACCCUGCAAGUGACAACUGUGAAAACAAUCUUGCUAAAGUUGACAGACUUCAGAAAAUUAGGAGAGACGGAAAGACCGCUUCUGUGAGGAAGAGAAUGUUUGGCCGUGCAUGGCCUCUUAGAGCUCCCGUAAGAGAUGGAAUUGUCCCAACUUGGCCUCAACUUCUUAACAGUGAAGAUGUGCCAUGUAUUGAUGAUGAAAUAGCAACUUCUUGGCUUAAUAGUGAAUCAGUUCGGAAAGCAAUUCAUGCUGAACAAGAAAGUGUGGCUGGCCGCUGGGAGUUGUGUACGGACAGAAUUAUCUUCCGUCAUGAUGCUGGAAGCAUGAUCAAAUAUCACAAGAACCUUACUUCACGAGGAUUUCGGGCACUUAUAUAUAGUGGAGACCAUGACCUUUGUGUUCCAUACACUGGCAGUGAAGCAUGGACUAGGUCAAUGGGAUACAAAAUCAUUGACGAGUGGAGGCCUUGGACUUCUGAUGGACAAGUUGCUGGAUACCUGCAAGGAUAUGAGAAUAACCUCACCUUUCUCACCGUGAAGGGAUCUGGACACACGGUGCCGGAGUACAAACCUCGCGAAGCAUUGAACUUUUACAGACGUUGGUUGGCAGGAGAACCCAUAUGA